GAGGUUAUUAUUAGAAUAUGGAAUUAUUGCUUUAUCAUAGUGAUGGAAAAACAUUAACACCUUUUGGCAUUUUAACCGGAACAUUUAAUGAUAUUUAUGAUAUUUAUUCAUUAUUAAAUAAUAUUCGACAAUUACAACAACAAGCAAUUCAACCGAAAAAUAAUCCAAACAGAUUAAAUUGGUUAAAUUAUUCACCUGAAGAUCAAUUACUUACAAAUCAUUAUAAUUAUUUAAUGGAAACACAUUCAUUUUCAACAAAAGAAUCAAAUAUAUUAAUUUUGGCUGAAAAUAAUAAUACCGAAAUCUAUGUAUUCGAUGAAACAUAUCAUGGUUUUACAUUUAAACGUCCAUCAUUUUUACAAUUAAAAGGUUCAUUAUCACAUAUGUUUAUAAUAGCGGAAAAUUCAAUCGAAUUAAUUGAUGGUGUGAUUGAAGAACAAAUCUGUUUGGAUCCAAAACUAAAUUGUUGUACGAUUGAAGUUAUUAAUGGAUCAUUAUUAGUGUUUAUUUGUGAUUAUCAAACAUUUUAUAUAUUACCAACUAUUGAUUGUCAUUAUAAAAUGAAAAUUCCUGUUAUCGAUCAUGGUAAUGAUAAUGAUGAUGGUAAUAAUCAUAAUAAUGAUGGACAAUGUUCAAUCAAUACAAACAAUAUC